CACAUACAUGCACGCACAGCGCACGCACACUUGUACACAAAUUACACACCCGCUGCAUGCACACAUACACCCCUUGCACGCGUGUUGCACACACACCGUACACCCAUUGCACACCGCCGUGCACACCCCUCGCACACGCAGUGCACAGAGCCCAUGUGACAACACAGGGGUGGGACAAAGUCCGUGCGGUCCAUAGGGCACCAUGCACUGCUCUGCUGCUGCUGUCCUCCUGCUGCUGGAGCUGCUCAGCGCCCGCACCCAAGCAGCCUUCCUCCCACACCACAUCUCCUCGUUGAUCCCAAUCCUACAAUCCCUGGAGGUCGAUGACACCCCGGACAUCCCAUCUCUGGUGCGGGCGCUGGGGGGCUGCAGGACCCCCGUGUGCCACACACUGCUUGGAGACCCCCCUCCCACCCCAAAGCCAAUCCCUGAGCUCUGGACGUUGCUCGCCCACCUCCUCCACCCCAACACCACAGCAGCAGAGCACGGCCUGGUGUUGGCACCUGAUGGUUCCACCGUUGCGUUGGCACCGCUCUUCGCUGGCAUCGAAGUGGGGCUGAAGAGGGCAGCGGGGUGGUCCGGCCCCAUUGAUCAACCCUACGCUGCUCUGGAUGCUCUCUACGCCGUCACCAUCACUGAAGCUCUUGGGACAUCCUUCCUCAUGGCACGGGUCAACGGGACGGCCGCCUUGGGACCCGAUGGGUGUUGGGAUGAUGUGGACAACCCACAAAACUUCACCCUGUUGGGACCCCCAUCGCUCGUCCCCGAUGCUGUCGCCAACGGGGCGAUGGAUGGGGUGCUGUUGGGCACACGCUUGGCUGAAGAACCCAUCCCACUCUCCGUCCUAUUCCGGAGAUAUUAUGGUGUGGAGAAUGGGAUCACAAGCGGGUGGCCCCACAGCAGCCGCAGGCGUCGGGAUUUCGGGGCGCUGACGGCAGUGGGGAAGUUGGAGGAGGAGGUGGCGGCAAUGCUGAGGGUGCUGAGGGGGCUGUCACCCACCCGUGAGCUCCUGGAGGAAUUUGGGGAGGAGGAGGAGGCGGGCGUCGCUCAUCGGGCAGCACGGGAGUUCAUGGAGGUGUACGUUGAGUGCCCAGCCAUCAUCCCCCGCUGCAUGUGGGGUGCCCGUCCCUACCGAGGCACCCCCAAACCCUUGUCCCCACCUUUGGGUUCCAUCUACAUCCACCACACCUUCGUGCCCAGCGCCCCAUGCCGCUCCUUCGCCGCCUGCGCCCGCGACAUGCGCUCCAUGCAGCUCUUCCACCAGGACACCCGUGGCUGGGAUGACAUCGGCUACAGCUUCGUGGUGGGCUCAGAUGGAUACCUGUACCAAGGGCGAGGUUGGCACUGGGUGGGUGCCCAUACCAGAGGUCACAACACCAAGGGCUACGGAGUGGGCUACGUGGGCAACUUCUCAACCAGCUUGCCGGAUCCUGAGGCCAUCGCUUUGGUGCGUGAUGGCCUCAUACCGUGUGCCGUGAGGGCUGGGUGGCUCCACCAGAACUACACUCUGCAUGGCCACAGGCAAAUGGUGAACACCAGCUGCCCCGGGGAUGCCCUGUUUCAGGAGAUCCAAACCUGGCAUGGCUUCAAGGUGGGCACUGGGUCCUGUGGCAUUGCUGGGAUUGGGCAUCUGGCUCACUCUGAUGCUCUGGAGAUGGAGGGUUGGGGGAAGUGUGGGGGAUGCUGGGGAUGACCACGGUUCCUUCUCUUCUCUUCAGUGAGGAUUGGCCCCAUGGGUGCUGGUCUGUGUGGGUGCUGCAAAGGUUGGAUCCUGAUCUACACGGAUGGUGGUCUGAUGGGGGACAGAUGGGGCACCAGUCCCGAUGGACACCAUAUGGACUCUAUUCCAGUGAUUCCAAUCUGCAUGGAGCCUGGUCCAUCAGGACACCAACCCAAUGAGUGUCAGACCAUGUGGACCCCAGGCUGUGUGUACAACAACCCAAUGGAUAUCAGACCAGAUGGACCCUGGUCCAUACAGACCCCAGCUCAAUGAAUUCCAGAUCAGAAGGUCCCCAGUCCACAUGGAGCCCAACCCAAUGGAUGUCAGAACAGAUGGACCCUGCUCCAUUUGGACUCCAACUCAAUGAAUUCCAGAGCAGCAGGAUCCCAGUCCACGUGGACCCCAACCCAAG